AUGCUCUCCUUGUCUGAUCACGACUUGGUUUUCAUCUUUGGUCUUUUAGGUAACGUUGUGUCGUUCAUGGUGUUCUUGGCGCCCUUGCCAACGUUCUACAGGAUAUGGAAGGGCAAAUCGUCGGAAGGGUUUCAAUCCAUCCCAUACGUGGUUGCACUGCUGAGCGCAAUGCUGCUGCUGUAUUAUGGUUUCCUAAAGAGCAACGCCAUCCUGAUCAUCACCAUCAACGCCAUCGGAUGCGCCAUAGAACUCGCUUACCUCAUCCUCUACCUCACCUUUGCUACCAGGAAGCAGAAGAUUUGGACUGUGGGGAUGAUGGGGAUAUUCAACGUGGGGGGGUUUGGGCUGACGCUCGUAAUUUCCAUAUUGGGAGUGAAGGAAUGGGAGCGCGUUCACGCCGUUGGAUGGAUCUGCGCCAUUUUCAACAUCGCCGUCUUCGCUGCUCCCCUGAGCAUCAUGAGGAGGGUCAUCAAAACCAAAAGCGUGGAGUAUAUGCCCUUUACUCUGUCCUUGUCUCUGACGCUGUGCGCCGCCACCUGGUUUUUCUACGGCUUCUUCGACAAAGAUUACUACAUCAUGGUGCCGAAUGUGGUGGGAUUCAUGUUUGGAGCGGCUCAGAUGGGGUUAUACAUCGCGUACAAGGACGCCAACAAGAAGGACUCCCAAUCCAAAAGCAUGCCGCCGGCGCCGCCUCAGCUCCCCGACGUCGUCUGACCUCUUAAUUAAAUAGCUCCUCCCCUCCCCUUCUCUUCUUUCUUUUCUCA